AAGGCGCCUCUUGAAUAGCGAUCGCUUCGAAAUUUGGGAAUAAAAAUCUUGUCAGAACUGGCAAAUCUGUUCGGUCUGGUGGCUGUCGGGGAGGGACGUGAGUCUCCCCCGACUGCGGCUGACAGACGUGUCGGGAGGUCGCAGGCCACAUCCCCGGGGGACGCCCUGGUGGAAUCUGGAGAGGACCGGGGACGCCUGGAUCCCUCUCAUCUGCUUAAUAUUGAUUCUGAAACUCUGUUGCCAGUCAGGUCAAUUGGUUUUGAAAAACCUUCUUUUUGGAUCCUUAAAUUCUUGUCUCAACGUGUUGUGUCUGUCCUUGUCCUUUGUUCUUUGUUUCUUGUCGUGUGUGUGUGUGUGUUCGCGGUCAUGGGCCAGAGUACUUCUACUCCUUUGUCCCUGACCCUAGGCCGCUGGUCAGAGGUCAAGGGACGAGCUCAAAAUCUUUCCCUUGUCAUCAAAAAGAGCAAAUGGCAGACUUUCUGCUCGUCCGAGUGGCCUAACUUUAAGGUCGGAUGGCCCCCGGAGGGGUCUUUCCAUUUGCCUCUCAUAAGGGAAGUGAGGAAUCUUGUUUUUCAGCCUGGCCGACAUGGACACCCGGACCAGGAGCCUUACAUUUUGGUGUGGCAAGACUUAUGUGAAAAUCCCCCGGUGUGGGUUAAGCCCUUUUUACCCCCUGAUUCCCUCUCUAGGUCGUCGGUCUCCGCUUCCGAACCUGCUAUUCUUCCUGUAAAGCCAGCUCUGCCUUCUCCUCCACCCUCUGUUCCCCCGGUUCUUCCGGACUCACAAUCUGAUCUUUUCCUUCUUGAUCCCCCGCCACCUCCUUAUGCCUCGGCCAGAGCUCCGCGGCGCGACCAAGGACCUCCUCCGGCACCUGGCCCAGUUCCUCCACCCAUGUCCCCGAUGGCGGCCUCCCCAGAUUCUACUCUUGAGGGCCCCCCCCCCGCCGCCAGGCAGCGGACCUGCACUGCGGACUCGGAGCCGAUUCCAGCCAGACGAAGGGCCUGUAGCCACUACUCUGCCGUUGCGCCCAUAUGGGCCAAUGACCUGUAUAAUUGGAAAAAUAAUAAUCCUCCUUUCUCUGAGGACCCCACCCGACUAACAGGUCUCGUGGAGUCUCUCAUGUUCUCUCAUCAGCCCACCUGGGAAGACUGCCAACAGCUACUCGGGACUCUCUUCACUACUGAAGAGAGAGACCGCAUACUUCUAGAAGCACGAAAGAACGUCCGGGGACUAGACGGGCGUCCGACGCAGUUGCCGAACAUCAUUGAUGACAUCUUCCCGCUAACGCGCCCUAAUUGGGAUCCAAAUUCUUCAGAAGGUAGGGAGCAUCUGUCCUCCUAUCGCCAGGCUCUUGUGGCGGGUCUCCGGGCAGCUUCCAGGCGGCCCACCAAUUUGGCUAAGGUAAGAGAGGUCGUUCAGGGCCCCACUGAGUCCCCCGCGGUCUUUUUAGAAAGGCUAAUGGAAGCCUAUCGGAGGUUCACACCCUUUGACCCGCAAUCGGAGGACCAAAGGGCUUCAGUGGCCAUGGCCUUCAUUGGCCAGUCCGCUACCGAUAUACGGCUAGACACUGGAGCCGUUUACUCGGUUUUGCAAGCGCCCUUGGGACCACUGUCAACCAAGCGGUCUUUAGUAAGAGGUGCCAAUGGGAGCCGAUACCGGGCUUGGACUACCAGGAGGACCAUGGACCUGGGAAGGGGAAAAGUCCAUCACUCCUUCCUUGUGAUACCUGAUUGCCCGGCCCCAUUAAUGGGGAGAGACCUGCUCACUAAACUGAAGGCCCGCAUCACCUUCGACCCUGAGGGACCCAGAGUAGAGUUUCUGAGUCCCUUGGUAGAACGGCCGGUAGUCACAGCCCUAACUAUGUCUGUAGAAGAUGAGUAUCGCCUGUACAACUCUCCAGUAGAAAAGCAGGACAUGACAACCUGGCUUGAGGAGUAUCCAGAUGCUUGGGCCGAGAAGGCCGGGCUAGGGCUGGCGGAAAACCAACCCCCAGUGGUGGUCACCCUAAAGACCUCUGCAGCACCAAUUCGGGUCAGACAGUACCCCAUGAGUAGGGAGGCUCGGGAAGGAAUUAGACCACACAUUCAGAAGCUAAUCCAAGAGGGGGUUUUGAGGCCCUGCCAGUCAGCCUGGAACACACCACUCCUCCCUGUCAAAAAGCCAGGAACGGGAGAUUACCGACCAGUGCAGGAUCUGAGGGAGAUUAAUAGUAGGGUACAGGACAUACAUCCCACUGUACCUAACCCCUACAACCUUCUAAGCACCCUUCAACCUGACAGAACCUGGUAUACUGUAUUAGAUUUGAAGGAUGCUUUCUUCUGUCUACGGCUUUGUGAAAGCAGCCAACCAUUGUUCGCCUUUGAAUGGAUUGAUCCAGAGGCCGGGAUAGCGGGGCAACUGACCUGGACAAGGCUACCCCAGGGCUUUAAGAACUCACCCACCAUUUUUGAUGAGGCCCUCCACCAGGACCUGGGUUCCUUCAGAACCCGACACCCGGAGGUGACUCUGCUCCAGUACGUAGACGACCUACUGUUGGCUGCACCGUCUCAGGAGGAAUGUGAGUAUGGGACCCGUUCCCUAUUGCAAGAACUUGCUCAGCUGGGGUACCGGGCGUCAGCUAAGAAGGCCCAGAUAUGCAGGCGGGAAGUAACUUUCCUAGGAUAUACUCUCCGGGAAGGAAAGCGGUGGUUGACGGAGGCCCGGAAAAAGACUGUUGUGCAGAUUCCCGUACCCGCCUCCAGGAAACAACUCCGAGAGUUCCUGGGGACGGCUGGGUUCUGUAGACUAUGGAUCCCGGGGUUUGCAUCAUUAGCCGCCCCACUUUAUCCACUUCUAAAAGGGGAUGCGGAAUUUUCCUGGGGGCCAGAACAGCAGCAGGCCUUUGAUGACAUCAAGAGGGCCCUAUUGUCAGCCCCAGCACUGGCACUCCCCGAUGUUGAGAAACCCUUCACCCUCUACAUAGAGGAGCGAGGAGGGACAGCCCGAGGAGUCCUAACCCAGACCCUAGGACCCUGGAGGAGGCCAGUGGCCUAUCUGUCCAAACGCUUGGACUCGGUAGCAGGAGGAUGGCCCCGCUGUCUUAAAGCUAUCGCUGCCGCUGCUCUGUUAGCCAAAGAUGCCGAUAAACUGACUCUAGGACAAAAAUUGACCAUCAUAGCCCCGCAUGCUUUGGAAAGCAUUAUCAGGCAGCCCCCAGACCGGUGGCUCUCAAAUGCACGCAUCACCCAUUAUCAGAGCAUUUUGUUGGAUAAGGAUCGAGUAACCUUUGGGCCCCCUUCUACCUUAAACCCUGCCACCCUGCUCCCGGACGAAGCUGCGGAUCCAGUCUUGCACUCCUGCCAAGACAUCCUGGCAGAGGAAGCAGGAAUCCGCCACGACCUGAAGGACCUUCCAUUACCCAACUCAGAAGUAACCUGGUUCACGGACGGUAGCAGCUUCCUGCGAGAGGUUUUUGUAGAUACUUUCUCAGGAUGGGUAGAGGCCUACCCCACCCGGAAGGAAACAGCCCAAGUGGUGGUAAAGAAGAUUAUGGAAGAACUUUUUCCUCGGUUUGGACUGCCCCAGGUAAUUGGGUCAGACAAUGGACCUGCUUUCGUGGCCCAGGUAAGUCAGGGAGUGGCCAGGGUAUUGGGGAUUAAUUGGAAAUUACAUUGUGCUUAUCGUCCCCAAAGUUCAGGGCAGGUAGAAAGAAUGAAUAGAACAAUCAAAGAGACCUUAACUAAAUUGACCUUGGAGACUGGCAUUCAGGAUUGGACCAUGCUCCUACCUUACGCCCUGUUCCGUGCCCGGAACACUCCCUCACCCUCCAUGUAUAACCUCACCCCUUUUGAGAUUCUGUAUGGAACCCCACCUCCAAUCUCGAAAAUGUCACCUGCCACAGAUUCCAACUUAUCACCCCAUGCACCUCUGCUUGCCAGGUUAAAAGCCCUAGAGGGAAUCCAACGAUUUGUCUGGAAGCCUCUAGCCUCUGCUUACCAACCAGGAGACCUCAAGGUGCCACACUCCUUCCACGUUGGAGACUCAGUGUUCUGCUGCUGA